AUGAGUAGUGAUUCAGAAAAUUCCACAAGUGAUUUUUUGACGGAGGAAGUUCCUGCAAAAAUUUCGUCCAACCUGAAAUUAAUGGAAAUUUUGGAAAGCUAUAAUAUUAUAUUUAAUAAAUCGCAAGUUCCUAAAAUAAAAGAGAAAAAAGAACAAGCAUACAGAGAAAUCCACCAAAAAUAUAUUUUGCAAAUUGGAAGGGAUUUAACUGAAAAACAACUAAAAAAGAAAAUCCAAAAUAUGAACACCGAGUUGAAGAAAAAGACGGACAAAAGUGCAACGGGAAAUAAGAAAAUUGUUUUAAACGCGUGGGAAAAACAACUUUUGGUGCUAAUGGAAGGACAAGAAAACCCUGUUUUUCAAAAAGUACCAGGAGCAAUGUCGAUAGGAUCUGUGAUGGAACAACCUCAGUCAUCAACGUCCAAAACUGAAGAAUUUAUUCCACCUCCACCUCAUGUUCGGCUUUUACCUGAUAAGUCUCCAGUUACCAGAAGAACCAAAUUUAAGGAAACAGACGAACCCUUAAAUUUGUCCAAUACAGAGCUCCAACGACUGAUAUUGUUGGAACAGCUGGAACUAAUAAGGGUUCAAAAGGAAAAGGAAAAAUUACUGUUGGAAAAAAUACAAAAAAUAAAUGGAAACCAAUUUGAAGAAAUAAAUAAUUUGUUGUUCAGAAAGUUGUAA